UGGCACCUCACAUUUCCUCUUAAAUUCAAUGGAGCCCCUCUAGCUCCAACCCCAAAUUCCAUAACUUCAAUUCUCCUGCAUUUUCUUACAUUCCUUGCUAGCCCCGACCUUGUCAGCCUCAAAAAUCAUGGCUUCUGACGGAAACAAGAACAAACCUCUCGAUCGUGAAGUUAGAGACAUGGUGAAUACCAUGACACACCGCAUUGUUGGUCAAUUUCACAAGCCAAGUGCAAGUCUCCACGACCAGGAAAGCGUGGCUGAUGAGGAUGGUCAUGGCAUUAGAAUCGUUACUCUUGCUGGAACCAACACAGGAGCUACAAUGCGAAGCGAGUUGGAUGAUCAGAAAUCCAACAAGUUGCCUGAUGGGGUGUCAUUUGGCGAUCCUGAUGCAUCAGGGACUUACGUUAAUAGCAAUUUCCAAGCUGUUAACAAUUCUAUCAUGUUUGGUAGCAACUACAGCACUAAUGAUCCUGGUGUUCAUAUGGACAUUUCGGAUACUUAUGAACACCGUGGACUUCGGCCUGAUAAGCAUGGAAAGAAGAAAGACGAGGAAGCUUUCGAAAGUGACCAACAUUCUGAACAUUCAGAUUGAGGUCACUGAAGAAGAAAAUUGAAGCAGGAGGUUCAAAAGGAAUGAAGCUGUGCUUUAGUAAUGCUCUAUAUACAACAGGGGUUUAAGUUUGCUUGUUAAAGAUUACUACAGGUUUGGUUUUCAGAAUUUAUAAUGAUCAGACAAUAAAGUUCCAAAAAUCAUAUAUGGUGUGAUUUACAUAUUGAUUGAUGGUGUGUCUGUAUUGUCUUAGCUAUUAUAUGUUGAGCAUAAUAUGAACAAAUAUUUCUUUUA